UCUCACCCCUGCAGAGUCUGUAGAAGAGGCACCACCAGGAUUCCCCGAUGAACAACCGAAAGGAAGAUAUGGAGAUCGCGUCCCACUACCGGCACCUGCUGCGUGAGCUCAACGAGCAGAGGCAGCACGGAGUGCUGUGCGAUGCCUGUGUCGUCGUGGAGGGCAAGGUCUUCAAGGCCCACAAGAACGUCCUGCUUGGGAGCAGCCGCUACUUCAAGACGCUCUACUGCCAGGUGCAGAAGACGUCUGACCAGGCCACGGUCACCCACCUGGACAUCGUCACUGCCCAGGGCUUCAAGGCCAUCAUUGACUUCAUGUAUUCUGCCCACCUGGCCCUCACCAGCAGGAACGUCAUUGAGGUGAUGUCUGCUGCCAGCUUCCUGCAGAUGACGGACAUCGUGCAGGCCUGCCACGACUUCAUCAAGGCCGCACUGGACAUCAGCAUCAAAUCAGAUGCCUCCGAUGAACUUGCAGAGUUCGAGAUCGGCGCCGCAUCCAGCAGCAGCACGGAAGCACUGAUCUCGGCCGUGAUGGCUGGAAGGAGCAUCUCACCGUGGUUGGCACGGCGCAUGAGUCCCGCCAAUUCUUCCGGAGACUCGGCCAUCGCCAGCUGCCACGAAGGAGGGAGCAGCUACGGGAAGGAGGAUCAGGAGCCCAAGGCCGAUGGCUCUGAUGAUGUUUCUUCACAGUCGCUGUGGCCUGGGGACAUGGGCUACGGGUCUUUGCACAUCAAGGAGGAAAAGAUUUCACCGUCCCACUACGGAGGGGGUGAGCUGCCUUCUGCCAAGGACUGUGCGAUACGGAACUCUUUCUCCGAGCAGGGUGCCACAGACAGCUGGCAGCCCACGGGCCGAAGGAAGAAUCGGAAAAACAAAGAGACUGUCCGGCACAUCACUCAGCAGGUGGAGGACGACAGCCGGGCCGGCUCCCCGGUGCCCUCGUUCCUUCCAGCGCCGGGGUGGCCGUUCAGCAGCCGAGACACAAAUGCAGACCUGACUGUCACUGAAGCCAGCAGCUCGGACAGCCGAGGGGAGAGGGCCGAGCUCUACACACAUGUCGACGAGGGUAUCCUGGGAGGAGAAGCCAGCUACCUGGGCCCACCCCUCACCCCGGAGAAGGAGGACGCGCUCCAGCAGGUGACUGCAGUGGCCAACCUGCGGGCGGCGCUCAUGAGUAAGAACAGCCUGCUGUCUCUCAAGGCCGACGUGCUCGGGGAUGACGGCUCCCUGCUGUUUGAGUACCUGCCCAAAGGUGCCCACUCGCUGUCUCUGAACGAGUUCACGGUGAUCAGGAAGAAGUUCAAGUGCCCGUACUGCAGCUUCUCAGCCAUGCACCAGUGCAUCCUGAAGCGGCACAUGCGCUCGCACACCGGGGAGCGGCCCUACCCCUGCGAGAUCUGCGGGAAGAAGUUCACACGGCGCGAGCACAUGAAGCGGCACACGCUGGUGCACAGCAAGGACAAGAAGUACGUGUGCAAGGUGUGCAGCCGCGUGUUCAUGUCCGCCGCCAGCGUGGGCAUCAGGCAUGGCUCUCGGCGCCAUGGCGUGUGUGCUGAAUGUGCCGGACGUGGCAUGGGGCCACUGGACCGUGGUGGUGGCACCGGCGAGGGCUCUCCGGAGGCGCUGUUCCCUGGCGAUGGGCCCUACCUGGAGGACCCCGACGACCCCCGAGGGGAGGGCGAGGAGGAGCUGGGAGAGGACGAGGACGAGGACAUGGCCAAGUGGAAGGACGAUGUGGGCCUGGCCCACGAGGACGUGCUGCUGGGGGAUGAUAAGGAUGAUGAGGACUCGCCACAGGGGCCCCGCAGCCCCGCAGGGGAACCCGACAAGGACUUUACCUGGAUCUCUUAGGGCCCCGCCCGUCCAGGGCGGUGGUGGCCACAUCGCCUUGUGCACCUGUGUGUGCAUCUCAGUGGUUCUGCAGUCA